AAGCCCUUCCUUCCUUCGUCUCCAGUGUCAGAUAGCUGUAGAAACCUGACGGACCAGUGAAUUUGGGAAAGCAGGAGUUCUUCGGCUUGUCUAGACAUGGCGGCAGCGCAGUCAUCUGGCUUAUCGAGUCUCUUACGAGGGAGCCUCCGCCGGGAGCCGCGGAUCGCGGCGAAGAGCUCGGCCGGUCCGGCUCCGACGAGCCAUACGAGGCUCGCGGCUUGCGGCAUUCGCGCGCGAGCCGACGGUAGAAGCAGCUCGGGGAGAUUCGCCGCAUCCUCCGCAGCCGCCGCUGCCAGCACGUCGCUUAUUCCCGCAGCGGCAGCCCUCGCCUCGGAAUCGGCCCAACUGUCGCCGGCAGAGCUCCCCACACCGGAUGUCGUCGCCACUGUCGCAGAUGCGACGGCAACUGUCGCCGAGGGGGAAGGACUGGACAUCGGCUUUAACUUCAGGGACUUAGACCUCGGCCUGGAUGCUCCUGCUGACGCCACCACUGACGCAGCAAGCGCCACAGCGGCAGAUGCUGCUGCUGCUGCCGCGGAUGCAGCAGAUGCCGUUUCGUCUGCUGCUGACGUGGCAGAUGCCGUGUCAUCUGCUGCUGAGAGCAUCGACAUCCCGACCAGCUCGGCCCUUCCAGAGCUGCCCAAGUUCUCGUACCCCACCAGGGAGUUCGCUCCCUCUUUUGAAAAGAAAGAAUUCAGCCUGCCCGAAUUCAAGAAGCCCGAGUUUAGCAUGCCCGAGUUUAAGAAGCCUGAUUUCAAUUUUAGCGUGCCCGAGUUUAAGAAGCCUGAUUUCAAUUUUAGCCUGCCUGAGUUUAAGAAGCCAGAGUUUAGCGUGCCCGACUUCCAGAAACCAGAUUUCAGCCUGCCCGAUUUUAAGAAGCCCGAAUUUUCUCUGCCCGAGUUUAAUAAGCCCGAGUUCUCACUCCCAGAGAACCUUUCAGACCUGAAGGCGCCUUCCUUCUCGCUGCCCGAAUUUUCCAAACCCGAAUUCAAGCUUCCCGACACUUCCGAGCUCUCUCUCCCUAAAUCUGACUUCAAGCUGCCCGAUUUUCCCACCCCAGAUAUCAAGCUGCCCGAAAUCCCACUCCCAUCCAUCCCUAUCCCGAGCCUACCCUCCCCCUCAAGCCUCCCCGUGCCGAAGCUAACCGUGCCUCGGGCUAUUUCCGAGCCUGUGGAGAGCGCCGUGGCAGCGGUAACCACAUCGGUUACGGACUCGGCAGCAGCGGCGGCGGAGGUGGUGCAGAGGGAGUGGCUGACGGCUUAUGCGGCGCUGAGGGAUAGCGUGCCCGUGGAGUCGCUGCCGCUGGUGGAGAAGGUGGAGGCCAACCUGGCGUCGCUGUGGGACGCCGCUAGUGGACUCACCAAGGAGGUGGCCGUGCAGGUGGCUGUGUUGUCAGCGGCAGCGGUGCGCGCAGCAUAUGGAGCAGCGGGCUUCGAUGCGGACGACACUGUGGUGAUCGCCACUCUGGUUACCACUGGCACGCUGCUACUGGGAGUGGCGUUUUGGAGGGCGGCGUACAGUGGGUACUCGGGCAACCUGUCGGCAGAGGAGGCGCUGGCAGUGUUGAAGGAGAGCAAGGCCGUGCUGGUCGACAUCCGCCCCGAGUUCCUGCGGGACGAGAACGGCAUUCCCGACCUGCGCAGAGGGGCUCGCUUCAAAGACUGCAGUGUCAAGUUCGAAAAGCUGGAUGGCCCUCUGAGGGGGCAGGUGCGCAGCCCCGAUGUGGUGGAUCUGGAGCUCAUGGCUGCUAAGAUUAAGGGCGUGAGGGGCGUGCAGAAGGACACUCAAGUGAUUAUAAUGGAUGAAAGCGGUGCCAGCCUGGCAAAGGAGAUCGCCAGGGGACUCUCCAAAGUGGGCUUUAAGCGCUCGUACGUGAUGGACGGGGGCUUUGACGCGUGGGUGGCUAGCGGGCUGCGAGUCAAGCCCAACGAGCCCGAGCGCGCUGCUGACGUCAUCAAGAAGGAGUACGAAGCGUUUGUGGAAGAGGUGCAGCCUACGCCCCUCGGAGUGGCCUCCGUGGUGCUGGGCACUGGAGUUGGCAUCUUCGCCCUCAUUGAGUGGGAGCGGUCGCUGCAGUUGCUGGGGGUGCUGGCGGUGGUGCAGCUGAUCUACCUGCGGGUGAAGACAUACGAGACAGAGGAGGACCUCCAACGUGACGUGCGUGCGCUGCUCACGCCCUUCUCCCUGGCAGCGACAGCAGCAGGAUGGGCGCUCGGCACCUCCUCUUCCUCUGCUGCCAUGGCUGCACCCAAGACUCCCAAGCUGCAGCUAACGGAUGGGGAGGUUGAGGGUGAGGGUGAGGCCGAGGCAGUGAGCACGGCCUCAGAGGCUGCUGGGGCACCUGGUGCUGACAGCUCAGCUGCUGAGGUGGCUGUGGAAACUAACAACGGCAGUCUCGCUGUUGCACCAGAAGCAGAAGCAGCACCAGCACCGGCAACACCAGCAGCAGCAGCAACAGGAGCAGGUGAUGCAGAGAUGAGUAAGGUUACGACGGAAACGCCUCCAGAGAUCAGCACACCCCCUUCUGAUGAGAUUGCCCCUGCCCCUGCUGCUGCGCCAUCACCCAUUGAGUCACCCGACACUCCUUCCACUCCGGCAGCUAUUGAGCCAGCUGCACCACUCGCACCCAAUAAGCCCACCACCACCACGACUACAAGCUCGUCCGUCGACAAUCCCUAGGGACCAGUUUUGGCUGCCCUGGCUUACCUAACGGCUGUAGUGUGUGUUGUAUGGCUUGGCUUGAGGAACCCUAAAAAGUAAGCACCUGCCCUGUAAAGCGGCAGUAAGGUAAAAGUUCAGUGAGAUAUACCAUGUAGUAUUUUUUUUUUGUGCAUGGGAGGCGAUUUUGCAGCCAUAUUGAUAGAACAAAUGGAUUGUGGUGCCCACUGGGUAUGGUUCGGUUUGUAAUCCUAGCAAGGACAAACAUGUAGUGUACGGAAUUCUGCACUAGCAUAGUUGCUGUGAUUCAGUUCUGUUGGAAAUAUCUCAAA